AUGUGCGGCUCCAGCUGUGCGUUCGACACCAGCCUCGGGGACGACCCGGGGGACAAUGCGCAGGGCGAUCCGGAUGGAGACGGUGGAACUCUCGCAGCCGGGAAGGAUCCAACACGUCCUCCACCAGAACCCACCAUCUCUCCCCCGGGCCAUAACCCCUCCCAGUCCACGAGGACUUUAGAUGCCCCCACAAACCGCGGAUCCAACUUCUGGCAGGGCAGGCGGAGGGGCAGAUUGAUUUCUGACGCCGCCAACCUGAAGUUCAUCGUUAUCAUCUUGGCCGCCGGGAUGGUGGCCUUCGUUGGAGCAGUCAUCUGCAUCAUCGCCGCGGUCCAUACCGGCUCCGCUGCCGAAUCUCAGCAGCAGCAGCCUGUGGCAGACAACCAGUCGCAGUCUCCGGACGCUGGAGUGCAGCAGACUUUCCCCGGGGGCUCCGUGGCGCGAGCGGGUCCACUGGGCGCUCUCCAUGGUUCUGAAACGCAGGACGGAGAAGCGCCCACUUUCUUCCACGUCCCCAGCGGCUCAGACGGGAUUGGUGGAACUAGGCAGGUUAGCAGACUUAUCUGCACCCCAGUCCCCGCCGGAGAAUGCAACCCCAAAAACUUUCAGCAACAAGCCGACGACCCGUCGCUGUUCGCGGGUGAGGACUGGGGAUACCUCCGCACCACGGCAGAGGAACUCAAACAGACAGUUCUCCAGCAGAAGGACCAGAUUAUCACCGACCAGCGGACCAUUAGGGAUCUGUCAGGCAAGCUUUCGGAGUGUGAGAGCGGAAUAGAGGGGCGUAGAGUACCGGAGAGUAGCGCGGGGCUCUGGGGAGGUAAGAGGGUAGAUGAGGGCCGGCUCAUGGUCCGGGACAGUGCUCCGUCGUCGUCUGUGGCACAGCUGCUCACCGCCCAGGCUGUAGGCGAGCUGGAACAGGCUAUCGUUCAGAUGAAAGACCGCAUAGAGAAACUGGAGUCAGAUAUCGGACCGCUGGCGCUCUCUCACAACCACACGGAUGCAGCAACUGCGGUGACUUCAAGAGGGGCAGGUGGUGGUGGGCUCUCUGAGGCCCCUGAUCGUUGGGGUGAGGCAGGGCUAGUGGGGCAGGCCCGGACAGGGGAUGGACCAGAGCAGUGGCCACGGAUGGAGGAUCUGGAGGGAGAGCUUGAGAGGAAGCUGGAACUCCUGGAGAAGGAGAGGAAGGCCCUGCGAAAAGAAUCCCAAAGACACAGGCAGGAGAUUGACCAGGGGAUCAACUCCCUACACCACCGCAUUGCUGGCCUGGAAGAGGGACUCUCAGAGUACACCUACCCCGAGGGCUACAAGCUGUCCUUCCCAACACGUACCAACUAUAUGUACGCGGUGGUACAGCACCCCAUCCCUGAGCUGCGUGCCUUCACCGUGUGCCUCUGGCUGAGACCCGCCGAGGGGGGCAUCGGCACCCCUUUCUCCUACGCUGUGGCGGAGCAGCCCAAUGAGCUCGUUCUGCUGCAGGGCAUGCACACCCCUGUGGAGCUGCUCAUUAAUGACAAGGCGGCAGAGUUACCUCUGAACCUGUCCCGGGGCAGCUGGCACCACAUCUGUGUAAGCUGGAGCCAGAGAGGUGGGGCGUGGCAGGCCUACCAGGGGGGCAAGCUGAGAGGAGAGGGGCAGGGCCUGGCAGCCUGGCACCACAUCAGGCCUGGGGGAGUCCUCAUCCUGGGGCAGGAACAGGACACUCUGGGCGGACGUUUCGACUCGUCCCAGGCCCUGGUGGGGGAGCUAUCCCAGUGGAACUUAUGGGAGCGGGUCCUGACCCCCAGCGAGGUGUCCAGCCUGGCCCACUGCAGCCAGCACGGCCCCCAGCCAAAGGGCAAUGUGGCCCCUUGGACCAACAGGGAAGUAGAGGUGUUCGGAGGAGCCAUCAAGGUGCCCAGGGAGCCCUGCGCUGCUAAACGCAUCAACACCUCACUGUGAGGGGAAGGGAGCCAGGGACCUUAUUCACAAAGCGUCUCAGAGUAGGACUAGUGAUCGAGGAAAAAUCAAUACAGUUACAUAUCGCAAUACUAUUUUGGACGAUAUUAUAGCAAUACUUUGUGUUAUUGUUGCUAGGUAGCGUUACCUAGAGCUAGUCAGCUAUGCCUGCGCCAAAAAUCUGUUUUUUUGUUGCUCUCCAUCUUCUUUUUAAAUAGUGAGGCAACAUGUUUUCAAUGCUUUUAUUUCCAUGACUGGUCAAAACUCAUUUCUCAUGCUCUCUUGUCUCUCUGCAGCAGACAUUUUGAGAGCAAUAUCUUUGGAACAUCAAAUUGCAAUAAAAUCUCAGUAUCGAAUCAAAAUACAUAUAGAAUUGUGAGAAUCACAAUACAUAUCGUAUUGUCACCUAAGUAUCGUGAUAACAGUCGUGAGAUCCCUGGCAAUUCCCAGCCAUAAGUAGAACUGUACAUGUCAUAUUAUACAUGUAAUCUUAUUUAUUAUGAUCUAAUAGGCAAAGCUGAUCUUUCAUCAGCAUUUCUACUUUGAGACUGAGAGCCCUGAGCUGUGUUCAGUAGGGCAAAAUCAUUGCGGAGGUAACAUAUUUCUAUCUGAACGAUUUGUUAUGUAGAACAGCAGGAAUGCCUAACUGACAUGUCGAUUAAGGAAUCAUGUGAGCUCUAUUCAUCACAUUUCUAUCUGCAACGUUCAGUAUAUUGUGCAUUUGUGAAUUUGUGAAGUAAAUUGGAGGGUGGAGCUCGGGUGAAAGGGAGUCAGGGAAUAGGGGAAUGAAGCACAUUGUUAGAAGUGUGAGUAACACUGGUUUCGUAACUACUCAUGAAGACUAUUUAUCCCUCAAGGGGAAAUGUUGUUUUGCUUUGCAUGUUUUAUUUAUCUAUGUUUUACAUCUGUUGUUGGUGAAGUUUUUUCAGAGCUACAGGACAGAGAGUGGGUAGGCUAGCCAUACCUACGUCUCCAUUUGAACUGCUGCUUUGGACUUGGUCUGUGGCCAGGCACUAGGCCCUAGGAGCCCAUUUUGUUUCCUCAAUAGGAGCUAAAGAAUUAGGUAUCUAUAGCUUUCUCUAUCCUCUGACUUGUGUCUAAUGGAAGGGGAUAACUCGAGUGUACAUUAUGAUUUUAUACAGCAUUUUAUAUGCAGACAUUAAGAACACACAACCAUGUCUGUAUUGCAUUAGCUUGUUAAAAACAUUUUUUUUUGUAUCAACUCGCUUCAAAACAGCAUUCUUACGGUCUCUUUUUUCAUAUUCCUUCUCGUUAACAUUUGUAUAAAUCGUCUGUAUCUUAGUAGUACGUCACGGCUAAUCAUUCCCUAUGACUAAUAAGAACUACAAAUAUAUAGAUACGACCUCAUUUAAAUUCAAUAACUGUACCAAGUAAUGUGAAUGUGUGGCUUGAAUUGAUCCAGAAAAUAUGUCUUAGACUUUGUCAGUGGUAUUACUCAAGCUUAUUGGCUAACUUUGUUGCACAAUAAGGUAUAGCACAAGGUUUGAUACUUUCUAGACCACCAGAAUAGGUAUUGGUACCAAGUUGUACCGAAAUGUAUAAACUGUGUUAUUUAUAUAAUGCCUUUAUUUUCAACGUAAAAAGUCAUAGAAAUAACAAUGGGUUUAAAUGCGUCGUUAUGUAUCAAUGCACACCCAUAUAUAAUUCAAUCUAUGGAAUCCCCCUUGAUCUUCGACACCUUGUGACGUGCGGUGAGGUCUGAGGCCGGGUAGGCACAUUUAAAUAAAAGCUGUGUUUAUCGGUAUGACACGAUCACAAAGAUAACCAUCAAACAACCACGACCAACCAUCAAACAGCAGCAGAUAGGCGGCGAAAUCAUUAGACACGCUUUCACAGGCUGUCAUCGCUUGUGUCCCACGCAACAGCCCUGCACGAACAGGCGACUUUCAGCACCACAGACAGCGACCCAAAUGCUAGCGAGUAGGUCUACUUGUAGAUAGCGCGACGCACACAAAAUGCCUAGUAGUCAGCACUACUGACUGAGAUGUAUACUUUCACUUCUCUGGGCUAUGUGAUAGACAUGUAAUGUCAUUAGACAUAUAAUGUCAUAACAGUAGACAGCGCUACUGUUUACCUGUAAACAAAGUACAUUUGUCUAUCCUUCUGGGUAAAGACGCCAGUGACUGAACUGUAAAACUCCUCCCUGUUGGCCCUCAGUUUUCAAAGUCUCUUGGUCUCAAUGCGAUGGAGAUGAUGGCAAGGGGUGAGAGUGGUCCUUGAUCGCUCUGGCUUUCGACUGUAUGUCUUUAUCUGUAUCAGCACAGAAAAUGACUUCUCAAUGGAUGCUGCUGUGGCUGGUGUGGUGAGGACCAGCUGCAGUGACUUAGUUGCCUUGUGACAGUCUGUGUCAGGUCACGCUGGAACAAAAAGCUGAGGAGCUGUCCAGGUGAUUUGUCUGGUACCAUUUGUGAACUGUACAAUCUGACAAGAUCCACCUUAAGUCUAACAAAAGUACUUGGCAUAUUUAGACAGGCUCUUGUUUGCUGGUGUCAAAUUUUUGUGACAAUUGUUUCACACUUUUUGCAGUCCACUAAGCCAAGUAAAUUAAGUUCACCAAAGUGGUCAAACCUGGCUCUCAUCUGAACAUUGACACUGUCCAGUAUGUUGUUGUAGAUUUUUCCCCUCUCUACUCUGAUCGGCUGUUUUACUACAAGUUUCGUGCCAGGCCCAGAUCAUUGCAUUUCUGCUCGAAUCGCUCAUUGAAACGAUCAAAGUCGUGUCACUGCCGUCCCAGUGCAUUCAUUGUGUCACUGAUCCGGGUAUGGCAGACACCCAUAUCCAUCAAUUUGUUCUGCAGAACACAGGAGAGCGCAUCAGUAUCCUUGAGAAUUCCAUCAUGAGCAAAAAGGAAACAUGGUGGCAGUCUCUAGGUGGGUUGCUAACUGGUGUGGUGGAAUUAUUGUAAUCAAAAGGAGAGACUUUUAAGAUUCCUUCAAAACAAUCCAACUUUAUUAUUUAAUUAGUGCAGUAAUGGAGCUGGUCGGUAAUCACCCCUGGAGGUGAUCACUGAGAACUCAACGAGCUGGUUUGAGCCACGGCAUUUAAUAGCAAAAUCCAUUCUCCUUCAGUCUGCAUGACACACUGCUGUUUACCUUAGGUAGCAUGCUGUAACACCAAUUAGCUAGGGCUUUCAAAAUCUCCCGGUUCUCUUUGACCUUUGCAUUGUGCAUGCUGAUGUUCAAUCUCCGUUGUUCAUUCAAUGCCAGAUCUAUCCGCCAGCUGCCAAAUGUCUUAAGAGCUCUCUGGCUUUGGAGGUGAGACAGGUUUCUCAUAGACAAAUUGUGCAAGUCGCAGUAACCGACUCUUGUCCACAAACUGUCGCUGGUGGAGAGCAGCAGGUGGGGGAAGCAGUAGAGCCGGCUGCUAGCAUUGCAGCCACAGAGCCAGUCUUUCUGUUGAUACCACUCAGAUUGAAAUGAGCGUGUUACUUUCUGUCCCUUCUUUAGAUGUCGGUCCCUAAACUCAGGUGUUGGUCUUCACACCGUUUCGCUCGAAAACUAUUUCAGAUGCAAUGUGUUAGCCAUCCUAAUCAGCUGACUUUAGCUCGAAGUAAAAUGAAUAUAACCACCAAAAGGCAGCAGGUAAUGUGUGUGACAUCCAUAGGCAGGGGCAAGCUCUGACUAUCCUCUUGCAAAGCUCUCUGCCUGCCUUUUGGCAUCCGUUAGCUGGCAGUAUAAGGUAGAAACACAAAUGUGCAAAUCAUGCCAAUGCCUUUCAUUGAGUUUGGAGUUUGAAGUGCUGGAGAAAGGUACACGGCGAGGUUGCCUUUCCCCUGGCCUCCUUGUGCAUUUUGUACCAGACCACUGCAAAUUUGGGAAGUAGCAGUACUAGUACUGACAUCUAUUUCAUCAUGCAGAAUUUUGUAAAUUAUUGAUAACAUUUAUAUUUAUUUAUUUUUCAUUAGUUAUUUUUUUCAUUCAUCUUCACACUGCCUACCCUGCCUACCCUGACCGCACGUCACUGUCGCUGUCCCUGGUUAUGACUUAGUGGCAAGUGCCUGUCCAGGUAUCUUUACCCAUAUUAAAAUAAUGUCUAUUCAUUUCUCUGCUGAAGUUAUGAUUCCAACAUCAUUUUGCAGUCUGAUCAGUGUUUUGCCUGCCUCUGGUUUGUUCGGCUUAUGUCUGCACUUUUAUGGUCUAUGUGAUGUUGUGGCAAACUGUACAGCUUAGAAAAUUAAUAAGCCAGAUCUUGAUUAACCAAACAAUGUCUUGUAGCCGGUGUUUGGAAAAUUACUCUUUGAAUUACCUGUAUUUUUUAACAGGUUUUUACUUCAUGUGUAGGUCGAUGUUUAGGCAAAUUUGGCAUCGUUGUCUUUUUCCUCUCUUUUCCUGUCAAAGUUGGUAUACUCUAUGUGUGAUUAUGUCCUUGUCUUCACUGGUUUUGAAAUGCACAGCCCGAAAAGCUCAAAUGGCCAAAAGUAAAGUCUAUUUCGAAUGUGA